CGGGAAGAAUGUAUAUAGAAGAAUUUUCUAACCAACUAAAUUUAGAUCAAGAAACUUUAGAGAAAGCGAAAACAGCAAUGCAACAAUUUUCAGAUUAAGAUGAGAAAGUAUAUUUCUUUAGAAGAUUUUAGAUUUACGUUCCUGCUGUUGUAUAUUUGUGUAGUCAAAGCUGUCAAAUUUAACAAAUUGAUGGAUAAACAAAACAAGGCAAUGGAAUAACACUUACAUAAGUAUUUUAGUAAUAGCAUUAUAGAUCAUCCGUAAUUUAGAUCCUUAAGCUGAUAUUGAGCAGUUCUUAAUGGUUUUACAGGAUCUACCUACUCUUUUAAAGUAUCAUUCCACAGAAUUCGAUAAUGUUGUCAGAUAAGCUAAUUUUAGCUUUAGAUUGUACAAAAAGUUUGACAAAUGCUUUAGUCUCAUUCAGUAUACUUAUUAUAUUACAUAUUAAAUAGGCCAGUGUAAAAUCCAAGUUAAACUCCAUAAUUUAAAAAAGAAGAUGAUUGUGAUCCCUAUAUAUCAGACUUAAAGAAAGUAGCCUGGAUUCUCUGCAUAAUAGUUCGAUAGAAUAUAGUACAAUAUGAGGAACAGCUAGAUAAUAAUUAAAUCAUUUUCUCUGAUCCAAAUAUUAAAGUCAUUUUGAUUCUAGUUGGAUCUUUAUCCAUUGUAUUUUAAAAUUUACCAAAUACAUUCACAUAAAAUGUAGCAGAUAUUUCAUAAAAAAUGCUGUCUUUUUUUUGCAAUGAUUAAAAUGAAUGGGAUGAAGAAUUAAAAUAUUACUAGGAUUUAUGUUAUAAAUGUAUAAAUUAAGUUGUAAAUGUGAUGUAGCAUAAAUCUAAAGUCUUAGAUAUGUAAUAAGUAACUUAAGAAAAUUAAGUUCCUAUUUUAUUUGAAGAGAAAACAAUAGAUUAAACCUAUAAAAGAUUACAUAAAUAUUAUGAGAAGACAAGAAAGCAUUCAGAUUUGGAUGAAGAAUGUUUUUUGAGAUAAAGGAUAGUUUUUACUCCUAAAAAAGAUAUCAAUAAAUAAACAGAUUAUUCAGAGUUUGAAACAUUGUAAAAGAAAACUAAAAUAAAAAGUGAUCCUCCUUUUAUGUAAACACCUCUCAAAGACAACAAAUUCUCUAAUACACAAGAAAAAACAUAUUUUGACAUAAAAAAAAAUACAAAUCCAUAAACUCCAAUUAGUAAAUGUAUGGAAUUACAUUAAUGGAUUAAAAAAAUAACAAUCUAAAGUUAUAAAUGUUUUGAUGAUGACAAUCAACAAGAAUUUUAUGAUUAAGCAACGACAAAAAUUAGAAGAUUUUUUGAAGUUACAGAAGCAUCCAAAUCUUAAAAAUAAAAUGAACAAGAAUAAACUAUAAUAACAUUAUGUAUAGCUGUCAUAGAUUCAUUAAUGAAAUCAAAUGAAGGGUAGUUUGAUUUUAAAUUGCUUAAAAAUUAAAAAUUUCAAUUUGCAAUUUUAGGCUUAUCAUUAUAUACUUACUAAAUUGUAAUUUAAAAACCAAACAUUUUAUAAAACAUGAAAUAGCUCUGUACAAUUUUUGAAAUAAGUCCUUUAGAUUUAUUCAGAGUAAUUGCUAAUUUUGCUCAUUUUAAUAAAUAGAUGCCUUCUACCAUUACUUAAUAACUUUUUGAGUUAGAAAAACACAUUUUAUUCAAUUUAAUGUGGUAAACAGACACAGAGAAAUUAAUCGGGAUCUUUAAAGAUAGUAUAUAAAAUUUGUUAUAAUCUUAGGUUCUCAAAAAUAUUUCGAUUAAGAAUUAGUAAGAAGAUUUUAAAAUCAUUUAGCAUUAAGAGUGAAAGAACUUUGUAAAAUACUUCAAUUAGAUAUUCAUGAUUUUGCUUAUUAGGCAAUAUCUGAAUUUAUGAAGAAUCCAAAAUUAGAAGUUUUAAAGGACACAAUUAUCGAUACUAUAAUUAUAUGCACAUUCUAUAUCAUUUAAAAACAUCAAAAGCAAAGUCCAUCUUUCAACUCUUUUAACAAAGUAAUAUAUACAAAUUAAUUUUAGCUUUAUAAUCAAUAUUACUCGUAAUAAAAGUAAGUAUUCACACAUAUUGUUGAGUACUAUAAUGAAAGAUUUUUGAAUGGAUUUAGAGAUAUUGUUAAAUCAAUAUCAAAUGCUCAACCUAUUCAAAUACCAGAAAGUUUUGAACGCCAAAGUCCUUUAAUAAAAUAAGUCCCUGUAUCUCCUAUUUAUAACAGUAAAUAUAUUGCAACUCCAGAACCAUCCUCCACUCAAAAGUCCUUCAUGCGUGACUUAGUGUCAAAGAUAUAACCAUAAUAAUAACAAUAAUAAAAAUAAUAAGACAUUCAACCUUUCCAAAGUUGAUUUUAUAUUUUAUAAAGC